CGCGUUUAGAUCACGUUCGUAUCGGAAUCGGAAUUAACAUCGAAAUCAAAAUAUAAACGACGAUUAACUCAUUAUAACACAAACAACGAACACUGGAAAAACAUUAAAAUUAAUCAUAGAAAUUAUUAUAAUUAUACAAUUUGAGCACAUUAAAGUGAAGAUUGUGGAUAAAUAUGCGAUAUUUUUUCAUCACAUUGUUUUGUCUGGCGCUGCUGUUGGCUCAACUGGAUGCCAAGCUGGUUAGGAUUCGGCGCAUUCGUCGCCUUGUCGGUGACAGCGAACGUGAUGCCCAGAUAACGGAUUAUCGCGUCUCUCCGCUGGACGAGGAGGGCGUCUUCAAGUACGCCUUCAAGACCAGCAAUGGCAUCGAUGUCCAGGCAGCGGGAAGUGCUCUGGAGACCAUUGGAAUAUACAGCUACACCUCACCUGAAGGUGUGCCCAUCGAGACACGCUAUAUAGCCGAUGAGUUGGGCUUCCAUGUGGUGGGCAGACAUCUGCCACAGCCACCGCCCACACCCAGCUAUAUUCUAAGAUCCCUGGAAUAUAUACGCACUCACAAUGAGGAUGGAUCCCCAAAACUUCAUACGCUAUGAUUUCAUUCAUUUAAGUAGUCCAGAAGAAGAAGUCUGAUAAUAUGAUAGCAUGUAGAAUCCAAAACACAACUAGUGUCCAACUAUUGAUAGUUUUCGUAAGCUAAAGCGGCGCAAAUAUCUUAAACUUGGAUUUUUCUAGUCGUUCCGUUUUUCAUAUAUAAAUCGUGUUAUCUAAAAGUAUUCAUAUUCAAAUUCCAUAUUCUUCCGCCUGCAUAACACGUUUAUGCUAACUGAAAUACAAACAUAUUUAUAUUGACAGUUUUAAGCCAAAAGUAUAAUUUAUAAGAAAAGAAACUCUCAUUCCCACCCACGUUUCAGGAAAACAAAUAAAGUGCCAUGUUUUAAGUAUUUAUUUAGAAUUGAUGACCCCAACAACUUGUUAGCUAAUUAUCUGAAUACAUAUAUCAUAAUGAACAUCAUUAUAAUGAUGACAAUAUGAUAAUAAUGAGGUUCGCAUGACGUAUGUGCUGAGCUAUAGAGCCGGCUCAUAAAUAUUUGAGUAUGCUUCUACUCAGAAUUCACAAAUCAAAACUAGAUGGAAAUUAAAUGAGAUUCCAUUUCGAUGGCGAUUGCUUUUGAUUGCUAAAGAUUUUGGUUAACUUUUGAAACAGGAUUUUCUUUCCGGGUGUUACUAUAUCCACAUUGUCAACCAAAUAAACAACUCAAAUAUUUGCAAAGCUUCCAAUUAAGUUCGGCAUAAUCGAACUUUAGUUCAAUAUAAAAAUAUCGUAAAAAUAACUCUAAUACAACCAAAUAAACAAUUAACAAAUAUAAAUGCUUGUUUAAUUAUUAGAUCAUAUUCAUGAUGUCUGUCUAAUUCGUAAACUUAUGUGCCAUCUAAAUUAUUUUUAUAUUUAUGUACAGGGUCUAAAGUGGCAUAUCACACAGAAUAUCUUUUUAUGUUAAUUCCAUAACAAAUAUUAUGC